AUGCAGACGCCCAUAGCGUUUCAUGAAGGAUGGGAAAUUUUGCUGAAGGGGUACACCAAGCUGAAAGAAAUUCUCGAAGGACUACCGAGAAAGUUCACCUCAGAAGAAUACAUGGAGCUUUACUCUAUUAUCUACAACAUGUGCACCCAAAAGCCCCCUAACGACUACUCUGAAAAGAUCUAUGAUGAAUACAAAAAGCUCUUUGAAGAAUACAUCGACUCCACGGUGUUGCCUUCUCUGACAGAAAAGCACGACGAGUUCAUGCUGCGUGAGCUUGUUCAAAGAUGGUCCAAUCACAAAGUCAUGGUCCGGUGGCUCUCGAGAUUCUGUCACUAUCUCGACCGUUACUACAUAGUUCGGCGGACCCUUGAUUCACUCAAGCUUGCCGGAGAGAACGAGUUUAAGAAUCAUGUUUAUUUGAAGAUGCAUGCCAAGGCGAAGGACGCUUUGCUAGCACUUAUUAUGAGAGAACGUGAAGGAGAGCAGAUUGACAAAGCGCUGAUGAAGAAUGUGGUCGAUAUGUACGUGGAGAUUGGAAUGGGAGGUAUGCAGAAUUACGAGGAGGAUUUCGAAAAACACAUGGUUGAUGAUUCUGUGGAGUACUACUCUCGAAAAGCCUCGGUUUGGAUUGUGGAGGAUUCUUGCCCCGAGUACAUGGUGAAGGCCGAGGAGACCUUGAGGAAGGAGAAGGAGAGAGUUUUGAAUUACCUUCAUUCGAACAGCGAGCAAAAGCUGGUGGAGAGAGUGCAGAAGGAGUUGUUGGUUGUUCCAGGUGCACAGCUGCUUGAUAAAGAGGACUCUGGAUGCUGGACCUUGCUUCGAAACGAUAAGGAGGAUGAUUUGUCUAGAAUGUUCAGGCUUUACAGUAAAGUUUCUGAAGGGUUGGUACCUGUUGCUGCUAUGUUUAAGAAGCAUGUUACUAAUGAGGGCACAGCCUUGCUGCAACAAGCCGAAGAAGCGACGGCAGCCUCAAGUGGCAACAAGCCUAGUGCUGAAGCUGGUGAUCCGGGACUAGUAUUUAUCAAGAAAGUAAUUGAGCUACAUGAUAAGUACAUGGGAUAUGUACUUAACUGCUUCCAGAACCACUCGCUCUUCCACAAGGCCUUGAAAGAGGCUUUUGAGGUGUUCUGUAAUAAAUCAAUGGCGGGGUACUCGAGUGCGGAAUUGCUUUCUACAUUCUGUGAUAUUAUCUUCAAGAAGAAGGGCGAUCGCGAAAGUGAAGAGGCCAUGGAAGAAACACUUGACAAGGUUGUUACAUUGCUUGCGUAUAUCAGUGACAAGGAUCUUUUCGCUGAAUUCUGCAGGAAGAAACUUGCCCGUAGGCUGCUUCGUGGUGAUACCGACAAUCUUGAUAAUGAGAGAAUGUUUCUAACAAAGCUGAAGCAACAAUCCGGUGCACAGUUCACCUCUAAGAUGGAGGGAGCGGUCAACGAUAUUACCCUUUCUAAGGAUGAUCAGAAGAAUUUCAAAGAGUACUUGUGUUUGAAUAAUGCAAAUCUAACCCUGGAAUUCUCAACCACUGUUCUAACUACCGGUAAUUGGCCAACCUACAAAACCUCUGAUCUUCACCUUCCUGAAGAGAUGGCUAAGUGUGUAGAAGAGUUUUGGAAAUAUUAUGCUGAAAAACAUAAGAGCAGAAAACUUACAUGGAUCUAUACAUUGGGUAAUUGCUCUGUUAAGGGUAACUUUGAGCCAAAACCUAUUGAGUUAAUUGUUUCAACCCACCAGGGUGCUCUCCUGCUGCUUUUCAACACCUCGGAGACACUAAGCUUCUCAGAGAUAGUGACUCAUUUAAAUCUUCCCAACGAUGAAGUGAUCAGAAUCCUUCAUUCACUUUCGUGUGGCAAGUACAAGAUCCUUCUGUUAGGCUCUAACACAAAGACGAUCUCCGCGAGUGACACUUUCACGUUCAACUCCAAGUUCACCGAUAAAAUGAGGAGAAUCAAGGUCCCUGUGCCACCGCUUCAGGAUGAAAGAAAGAAGGUGACUGAAGAUGUUGACAAAGAGCGCAAGUACUCGAUUGAUGCUGCACUGGUGAGGAUUAUGAAGAGUCGAAAAGUACUGGGACAUCAACAACUGCUCACCGAGUGCAUUGAGCUGCUGCAGCGCAUGUUCAAGCCGGACGUCAAAACAAUCAAGAGGCGUAUUGAGGAUCUCAUCACCCGUGAAUUCCUUGAGAGGGAUUCGGAGAUCCCCAACACAUUUAAAUAUCUCGCAUGA